UCUCCACCUGUAACUGUGCUGUUUGGUUGUGGGAGUAACACUGGGGGAAAAAAGAUGGCGGCGGGCUGUGCCUGGUUCCUGGUACUGGGCUCCGUGUUUCUUUGCAAUCUAAUGAAAAUACUCCUGCCUACCAUUUCCACUUUUCUGUCCAAGAUGGUGCAGAAGGAGGCUGAGCAGGAGAGUGAGAUGAGGACUGAAAUCCAGCAGAUGAAGAAGGAGCAAUCGUCCAUCAGUAUGAUGGAUGAGUUUGCAAGAUAUGCCAGGCUUGAGCGCAAAAUUAACAAGACUACAGAUAAGCUUAAAACACAUGUACAGUCGCGAACGGCUCAACAAGCCAAAAUGAAAUGGGUUGUGAACAUUGUCUUUUACAUCCUCCAGGCUGCUCUGAUGGUCUCGCUGAUCUGGAAGUACUACUCUGAUCCAGUGACCGUUGUUCCCAGUAAAUGGAUUGCCCCUGUGGAGCGACUGGUGGCUUUUCCAACAGGAGUGGCAGGUGGAGUGGGAAUCACUUGCUGGCUGGUGGUUUGCAAUAAAGUAAUAACGUUGGGUCUGAGUACCAUCAGCUAGAGAAACGCUCCGUUUGGUGAUUGAGACAAGAAAAAAGGCUCUUCUGAGACUGCAGUAUUAAUUUAUUGUUAUACUUUGUUUCUUUCUGUUUUUGUUGCAUCUUUGAUUUCUUAUUUUGACAGAAAUGUGU